AUGAUAAUAUUAGAUAGCAUUCAGCAAGAAGAACGAUAUAAUUUUAAUGAUGAGGAUCUUAAUUUUAAAUUGGGUCGACUCAAAUCAGGUGCUGGAAACGUAUUUUCUGGUAAUCUAGUUAUACCAUUGGUAACAUCUCCAAUAAUAAAUUUCGAAUUAAUUCGAAAUGAAAAUGAACUACCUUAUUACGUAAAUUCUGUAUAUGAAGAUGAUCGUAAAUUUCUUUCAAGCAAAAAUUCUACAAAUAAUGUUAAAAAUAUUGAAGAAUCAAAAAUUUUUGAAAGAAUGAGAGAAUACCAAUAUAAUCAAGUUAUUGAGCAAAGCUCCUCUAAAAUAUCAUAUACCAGAUCAUCUAAUGUUUCGGCAUCAACUUGUAAAGAAAGUUCGAAAGAGAGGAAUGUUAACAAAGAUUGGUUAAUCGAGGCACCUAAAAAAGCAUGGGUUUGGAGGUGGUGGAAUCCGAAAGGUGGUAAUCAAGGUUUUGAUCCAUCAGACCUAUUAGGAGGAAACCUAAAAGGCAGUAAUCAAGGCUUUGAUCCAUCAAGUAUUUUAGGUGGCAAUGGUAGUGGUGGUCCAGAGCCGAAAUCCGUACCAGGUCGCGGUCAGAAUCAAUUACCUAAAUCCAGUUCUCAAAUGACUGAAGGAGCUAUGCUAACUUUAACGCAAUCGCAGUGGCCCCCUGACAAUACUAUUAUUGAACUAGAACUUCAGAUGAGCACGAGAGUUGUUGGUAUGUUUCAUGUUUUCUUAUAUAACAACUUACAAGCAGUGCCGGAUGAAAAGGCAAAAAAAAGAGAUUACUCUUCUAAUGGCAAG